ACACACACACACACACACACACACACGCUAAAUAACAACUGCUAACUCCUUAUAACCUUAAGUAAUUUUAUUUGCAGAGCCAGCACUCCACCUGGUGUGUAGAUGAACCCCAUAAAACAUUCUCUCUUCUGCAAUUUGUCUUCAUUUUGUACUAUAUAACAAACUAACUCCCGACCUUUACCUAAAAGAGUCGACUCAGUCAAGAAAUACUCUUAGAAAAUGUAGAACCCUUAAAGGUACUUCAGUUGUUUUUCUGAAGGAACCUUACUGUAUUACAACUGAUCUCGUGUUUAUCUAUCAGAAAGGAUUAGAAGAAGAACAACCUAAAUACCCUUCAAUAAACAAAACUCUUUUCGGGAAAAAAAAACCCCCAGUAGUCUAGGCCUAGUUUGCAGUCAUUUAGUCAGUACUUUUGGUAUAUGGAUUACUAUGUAAUAUUAUUAUGUAGUAUUAUCAUACAACAUAUAAUACUCUUAUGGGAUAUUGCUGAGCUACUACUGAAGUAGCCUACUAAGUAAUAUAUAAAGGAAAUACUAAGUGAUCUAAAUGAAGAGUUCCAGAAAAACAAAACAAAACCCGCAUCAGCUUCAUCAAAAUUGAAUAAAAGAGAGAAUUUGAAAGCCUUGGAGUAAACUGACAGCCUUUAAGUUUCAAUGAAAUCGGUAUUAUUUAUAUAUGCAACGUCGUUGUUAUUACUUUAGUUGCUUGUGGUGUUGUUAUCCGGGCAAGAUCUGUCCUCUCCUCAGUGUGUGUGAUGUGGAGCGGGGUGUGAACAGAGACGGGGUAGGAGGGAGAGAGAGAGAGAGAGAGAGAGAGAGAGAGAGAUCCGAGGCUAGUCCACUAUUUUCGCCUGUUUAAUCGGUGAAACCGCAGGACGCAUUCAGCGGUGACUUUUACUGGUGUAAACAGGGGCACUUCCGAAUAAUGAGCCUGGGCUGUGGGAUUCACAAAGAUCCCCAAAUCGUAGCCUAUCUCCAGUGGCCCUUCUGCGGAUGGAUUUUCCACGACAUCUAGGAGUGAUCUUGUCCUUACUUAGCGCCAGGGACAGAUCAUCACAGACACCACUGGUGAUCGCAGCGGUAGCUGGACGCAGACUCUCGUGAUGUUGUGGAUCCUGUGCAGAUUACAGCGGAUCUCGUUGUGAACGAGGCUGGAGUGUAUUCCCAGAAAGCAAAACUGAAAAAGCACCGGUUCAUUUGGGAUUUUACUGCUCUCCGUGACUGCGUUUCAGGUGCAACCUUUAGCAUAUGUAACACUUCGGUGCGUUUUACUCGACCCCUGUCUAAAAUGGCAACAUGUGCGCUCCGUACUAUGUCAGAUGGCAGAAAGCGUGUGUUUUUAUUUGCGGCUUAGACAAAUCUGCAUUUGCACAUGUAUUUCCACACGGGAUGCACACACACUCUCUCUCCCUCCGUCCUGAGAGCGCAACAUGUAUUUCCUGUAAGUGUUCCUGUCUUGAUUUUUUCCCCUUCUCUCUCUCCCCCCUCCACUGAAGACUAUGGAUUCUUCGGCGUAAUGGACGGAUAGCGAACACACGAUGAAUGCAAACAAGCGAAAUUCACUUUGCAGUCAUGUGAAACGAGGAUGAAAUACGACAUUAAACCACGAAGGCCAUUUUGACAACGGGACAGGCUAUUCCUGCAAGUAUUGCGUUUUCGUUAGCGUUUCAGGCAUCCAUUGCGACUGCUUCUUGUUUGAUGUUUUGGCAAAAAGAAGAAGGAGAAGCAGAAAAACACAACCACCUGAGCUUAAUUUCACUUCUCUAUGUGUGUUACAUGUGAAAGAAAAUAAGAAUAAUCUCAUCGCUUCCUUCCUGAAUCCUGCGUUCAUUGUCUCCGCGAGGCUUCACCAUGGAAACCUGGCGCGAGCGACCAUGAUGGCAAACCGGGCAGGAAACGCACACAGCGGCGCAUAUGUAAACAACCAUGGUUAGAGGGACAUAUCUCUGUUAAACUGUUUUAUUUUUAUUUGUAUUUUUUUUCUUUAAUUUUUUGCCUAUGUGGACCCUAGCCGAGCAUUCUGUGGCCUGCUUUUUGACAACAAAUGUAUCGAGCUUUUUUUUUUUUUUUUUAAACGAAAGGAGUGUUUUUGUAUUAGGCUACCAUUUCAAGUGCCAAAGUGUUACACCUUAAAGGUCCAGUUUGAUAACCAGAAUCUGUGUGAAAUGAAUUAAAGGUAAAUGCAAAAUCCAGUUUCAGUGCAGAGAGUGACAAUCAGGAGACCACACUGAAUCCAGUCAUCAGAUGCAACUCUCAGGUCGAAAGCUUGUUUGACAUGGGAGUUAAGAGGGUGCCAGACAAGCCAGCUCAAUGUACUUGUAAUGUACUUUUUACGAACUGCUUGUUUCAAGAGUAACAAGGACAAUAAGGACCUAUUUUUCAUUCCUCAAGUAACAUAUUGGCUUUUCGAAAUGCCUCGGAACCGGGCCUUUUCCGAGCCAGAGUACUCUGCGGAGUAUUCGGCAGAAUGCUCAGUCACGUUGCCCUCUGAUCCAGGCCAAGCAGUGGGAAGAACCCAUGAGGUCACGGUGCGUAACUCAGGCUGCUGUUUGUGUCUCCCUCGCUUCAUGCGUCUCACGUUCACCCCAGACUCACUAGAGAACCUUUACCAGACCUAUUUUCGCAGGCAGCGGCAUGAAACCCUACUGGUGUUGGUGGUGUUUGCAGCCCUUUUUGACUGCUAUGUGAUUGUGAUGUGUGCUGUAGUGUAUACCAGUGAUAAGCUGGCGUCCGUGGCUGUGGCGUGUGUAGCAUUGGCUGUGGACAUCGUGCUCUACCUACUGUGCCGCUACGGCGUUCUGCCUGAGCGCAUCUCCCGCCGGCUGGUGCCCUAUGCCCUAUGGGUGCUCAUAGAUGCCCAGAUCUUCUGUUAUCUAGGAUUGAACUUUGCCCGCUUCCACCAGGCCAGUGACACAGUAGGCUGGCAGGCCUUCUUCAGCUUCUCCUUCUUCUUGACACUGCCGUUACGACUGACACCUAUUGUGCUCAUCACAGCUGUGUCAUGUGGUGUACACACGUUGGCGCUGGGCGUCACCAUCGCACAGCAGCAGCAAGAGGACAUCCAAGGAGCUGCUCUUGGGAGACAGCUGUUGGCCAACAUCCUGAUCUACAUAUGUGCAAUUACUGUGGGGCUUAUGUCAUAUUACAUGGCUGAUCGCAAACACCGCAAGGCCUUUUUGGAGGCCAGGCAGUCUCUGGAGGUGAAGCUGAAUUUAGAGGAACAGAGUCAGCAGCAGGAACGUCUACUGCUGUCCAUUCUUCCCAAACACAUAGCAGACGAGAUGCUACAAGACAUGAAAAAAGAGGCCAGUCAGAAAGAGAUGCAGCAGUUCAACACUAUGUACAUGUAUCGGCAUGAAAAUGUUAGUAUUCUGUUUGCAGACAUUGUGGGAUUCACCCAGCUCUCUUCUUCCUGUAGUGCACAGGAGCUAGUCAAGCUGCUCAAUGAGCUGUUUGCCCGCUUUGACAAACUGGCUGCUAAAUAUCACCAACUGAGGAUUAAGAUCCUUGGGGACUGCUACUACUGUAUCUGUGGCCUUCCAGAUUACCGAGAAGACCAUGCAGCCUGCUCCAUAAUGAUGGGAUUGGCCAUGGUGGAAGCUAUUUCCUAUGUUCGAGAGAAGACGCAGACAGCUGUCGACAUGCGUGUUGGGGUGCAUUCUGGAACAGUUCUUGGUGGGGUGCUGGGACAGAAGCGCUGGCAGUAUGACGUCUGGUCCACAGAUGUCACAGUGGCCAACAAAAUGGAGGCUGGAGGUAUACCUGGGCGAGUGCACAUCUCCCAGAGCACACUGGAAUGUCUUCAUGGUGAAUUUGAUGUCGAGCCAGGGAAUGGAGGUGACCGCUGUGAAUACCUGAGGGAGAGAGGCAUUGAGACUUACCUGGUUCUUGUUCCCAAAGGACCAGUGAGCAAGAAUGGCAUCAAUGGAGUGAAGCUGUCGGUCACUUCAUCUAACGGGAACUCUCCUCUGUUGAUCAACACUACAGAAUGUAAUGGCAGUGUACACACAGCCUGCACCACACCUGAAGAACCAGAGGAGCUGGAUACACGGGUGGUGAAUCCAUCGUUCCCAAACCCUCGGCGGCGUCUUCGUUUGCGAGACCUUGCUGAGAGAGUCAUUGAUGCUCAGGAAAAUGAGCAGGAGCUGAAUAAACUCCUGAACGAGGCACUGCUGGAGAGAGAGACAGUGCAGGCAUUAAAGGGAAAGUACACUAACCGCCUGUCGCUGCGCUUUGUGAACCCUGAGCUGGAGACACGUUUCUCGGUCGAAAAGGAGAAGCAGAGUGGAGCCGCCUUCAGCUGUUCCUGUGUAGUGCUGCUUUUUACAGCAGCAAUUGAGGCACUUAUAGACCCUCUGUUGAUAGCCAACUAUGUGACUCUAGCUGUGGGGGAAGUGCUACUGCUCAUUCUCACCAUCUGCUCCCUGGCAGCCAUUUUCCCACGGGUAUUUCCUAAGAGACUGGUAUCCUUCUCUACAUGGAUUGAUCACACACGUUGGGCUCGCAACACUUGGGCCAUGGCAGCCAUAUUCAUCCUCACACUGGCCGACAUAAUAGACAUGCUAAGCUGCCAGCCUCCACAGCCUGUUGGGGACGUUUCUCCAGCCCCUGGUGGACUAGGCGGUUGUCUGGAGAACCCCAAAUAUUACAGCUACAUUGCUGUAUUAGCGCUGAUUGCUACUACCAUGCUGGUGCAGGUCAGCCACAUGGUGAAGCUUACUCUGAUGCUGCUGAUCACAGUAGCUUCGGGAAUCGUCAACAUUUACAGUUGGAGGGACAUCUUUGACCAGUAUGAUCUAACCCACUAUAAGAAGUUCAGAAUAUACCUCGUGCCAUCCAAAUAUACAAUGACUGUGAUGAUCUUCAUCAUGAUGGUCAGCUUCUACUACUUUGCACGGCAUGUGGAGAAACUGGCCCGCACGCUGUUCCUGUGGAAAAUUGAGGUACAUGAGCAGAAGGAGAAGGUGUACGAGAUGAGACGCUGGAAUGAGGCUCUGGUCACGAACAUGCUCCCAGAGCAUGUUGCCCGCCACUUUCUGGGCUCAAAAAAGAGGGAUGAGGAACUGUACAGCCAGUCCUAUGAUGAGAUUGGGGUCAUGUUCGCAUCUAUCCCAAAUUUCUCCGACUUCUACACAGAGGAGAGCAUCAACAAUGGGGGUAUUGAGUGUCUGAGGUUCCUCAAUGAAAUUAUCUCAGACUUUGAUAGUCUUUUGGAUGAGCCUCAGUUUCGCUCUAUAACCAAGAUUAAGACUAUCGGCAGCACUUACAUGGCAGCAUCAGGAGUCACUCCUGACACCAACGCUAAUGGCUAUGCUGGCAUGAAGCAAAAGGAGGACUUGUCUGAUAGAGAGCGCUGGCAGCACUUGGCGGAUCUGGCGGAUUUUGCUUUGGCCAUGAAAGUUACUCUGAUGAACAUUAAUUACCAGUCCUUUAACAACUUCAUGCUUCGCAUUGGGUUGAAUAAGGGUGCUGUUCUUGCCGGGGUCAUUGGGGCUCGGAAGCCUCAUUUUGACAUCUGGGGCAACACUGUUAACGUGGCUAGUCGCAUGGAGUCUACAGGAGUGAUGGGAAACAUUCAGGUGGUGGAAGACUGCUAUAACAUCCUGAAGGACUAUGGCUUCCGUUUUGUGAGAAGAGGACCCAUCUUUGUUAAAGGGAAGGGGGAGUUGCUCACUUAUUUUCUAAAAGGACGAGAAAAACAGGGUUCUUUCAUCAAUGGCUCCUCUGUCACACUGCCUCAUCAGGUGGUGGACAGCUCUUGACCUACAUGCACAUAAAAUCAACAAACACAAAACUUCAAGUUAACAAUCGCCCACCCGACAUAUGUAACAUACAUAUAACAAGUCAGACCUUUUGAAGGGGAAUUUCACAGAUUUUCAAAAAACUAUCAUAAUUCACUUGGUGAAAAUGAAGUCAUGCAGACAGAAGAGAAGAGGAGAGACACGAAGAGAAGAAAAGAAAAGAGAAGAGAAAAAAAAUCCUAACAUUUUUGAUAGGAACCUGGGGUCAUUAUAUCAACUUCAUACACAAUGAGUCCUAUUAAAAGUAGUAUUAUGAAAUACAAAUUGGACAGCAAAGACAUUCAGUUUCUUUAAGCACAAAAGGACAUUUAUUGUACCUGCACAUCAAAUUACAUCUGCUCUGGGCUGUUCACUUUCUUUAUCGGCGUUCUUUAGUCUUCCUCAUCCUUCUGGCACUCUCUCUGUUAGUCUGCUGCAAUUCUUCAUCUGCAUUCGUGGGUUAAAACUGAUGCAGCUUUUGGAUAUUUUAAAAUAUAUGGUAUCCCCCUAUGCUGCCAUCCAAGAGUGGAAUAAUUUGUUGACUGGCUAUAGCUACUGGCUAUAUUAACAGCAGAAAUGCCUGUAGUGGUUUGGGAGUUUGGGUUGCAUGUACCGUGCAAGAGUGGGAAUGAGAACAAGACACAGAAGUAAACAGAGAAGACAAAGAAGUAAAAGGAUACUAAAAGAUGUCCCAAAUGCAUAGGGGACUGUUUCCCAGCACUAUGUCUGUUGUGCCUCCGUCACUGGAUGUUGGUCCAUAACACUUCCAGUCUUUUGAAUUUGUUAAUAAGUUUGGUAACAGCUUCCAAUCCAGCCAUGAGAAUGAUUUCAAUACAUUCUUUUUUUUGUCAAAGGCAUUCUUAAAGGCUAUCUGGAAAAAUAGUGUGUUUGCCCUAUGUAUGGAGACUAGUGGGACACCCUAUAAUUUAUAAAAUAAAUAAAUAAAUAAAAAAAUUAAGGCCAAAGCCUUAUCACAAAGCUUCUAGUGCAUCAGCCAUAUAUUUGAAUCAUUUUCUGUAAACUUUCUGUGAAGUAGAAACUUCUAGAGGCUUUACGCACUUCAAACUGCUGGUUCCUGUCACUGCCAUUGUAAAUACUUCUGAAUAACUGAUGCAUAUUUCAUCAAACAACCCAAAUAACUUUCAUUACUCCUUAAAGAUUGAAUUAGGUAGAAAUUUGAAGUAUCUGUGGAAUUCCCCUUAAAAAAAAUUAUUGUGUUGCAUAUUAAAAGGGAGGCAGAUUACAGAAAUGGUGUGUAAAAUGAGAUUCUCUCUGGUCACUCAGGAGAAAUACAGGGUCAUACUGUACUUGGAUUAUUUAAAUAAUGACUAGCUGGAAGGAAAGGAUGGAAGGAAACACGAAUGAUUUUCCAAAAAUAAUUGAUCUGCUGAAUCAGUAACACAACUGUUUGAGUACAACACAGAGUACAAACAGUAGAUUUAGUGACCCAGUGGAUAAAAUCAAGAUUGUACAUGACACAUAGUGCUUUUACAGUUGACUUUUAAACUGAUUCUGUAUAGGUUAUUGUUAAAAUUUUUGUUGUAUGUCUAAGAUUUUUGUUUUGGUUUUGUUAAUUGAAUAGCAAAUUUUAAAGCAUAUAAAGGGAAGCACACUGGCUCUCUCUGCCAUUUUGUGUGUGCAGAUGCAUGCACACAGAGUUGUGUGUUCUUGCCUGCUUUUCUGAACAUCUUUUUAUCUACCCCAUUUUAUUUCUGUGGUUUUGGACUUUACAGCCCUUUUCGGUCAACCCGUUUUUUCUACCCAGUUUAAAGUGUUUUAGUGUGCCAUACAAAAAGUGCCAUAACAUAAUUAUGUGUCCUGUAUAUAUACUCCUCUGGGGUGAUCGACGUGUCACUGUGAGCAGGUGAAAUGCAAGUGUGUAUGUACAGUAAGCAUGCACUGGAUGAAAGUGCAGCUAGAGUCAAGAGAUUUUUUGGCAGUAUUGGAGAUAUGGCUGCUUCUCAGAUCUCAGAUUAUAUUCCCCUCAAAAACUUUCCUAAAAUACUAGAUGAAUGUGCAAUAGUUUAUUCUUUUACAAUGUUUUGUUCUCCAACACCCUUUGCAAAAACAUUCUCAACCCUAUAAGUCAUAUUUUUAUAUUGUAUAUGUUUCAUUCAAAUGAGUAUUGUGCAGUUUUAUCAGGUACAAGACUGGAGUUUUGUGCCUGGCAACAGUUUCCUGUUAAUUUAUUGCAGAUAUCAGGGAUAUUGAAUGAGAAACCACAGACAGAAUUGCAUUUGUUGUUUUUUGAAUUGUUGUAUGGAUUCUGAAGAUAUGUCAUGGAGAUUGUUUUUUUUUUUUCUGGCCUGAUGCAGGAUUUUACUGAAAUAUGAUUUGAAUUUUUUUAAAUAUCCUAGGACAUGGGAAUAAAAUGGCACUUUGAAUUA